AUGGCUGAUGGCAAGAUCGCGAAGGGUACCACGACGUUGCAGAGUAAUGCUUCCUCAAGCGAACCUUCGGGCUCCGUAGGCACUGAAGAUGUUAUUGGGCACAGUCAAGACCUGAAGAGAAACUAUUCGCUUUGGUCGAUACUAGGAGCUGGCUUUUCACUUACAAAUUCUUGGUUUGGCGUCUCCAUUGCAAUGGUCACAGGGAUUAACUCGGGUGGGCCUGUGUUGCUAGUCUACGGAAUCAUCAUCGUGAUGUUGGUCAGCAUAUGUGUUGGAAUAAGUUUGAGCGAACUCGCUAGCGCACUUCCAAACACAGCCAUCUUCUCGUGCGCAUCAACCACUAUUGGAGUCGCGUCUGGACUGGUUGGCUGCUGGCAGCUUUCGCAUCCCGAUUAUAUCAUCAAGGAUUAUCACGUCUUUGUGACUUAUCUCAUCCUCACAUGGGUUUGCUUCUUGUUCAACUGUUACGGCAAGAUUCUACCCUCUGUUGCAACUACUGGUCUUUACUGUUCUCUGAUAUCCUUCAUCGUAAUCUUGGCUACUGUACCUGUUACGGCACCAAGUCAUCAAACUCCCAAGUUUGUGUUCGCGACUUUUAUUAACAAUACCGGCUGGAGCAAUGCUGGAAUCGCUUUUGUUACAGGGCUUAUAAACGCAAACUGGGCCUUUGCCUGUCUCGACUGUGCGACGCAUCUUGCGGAAGAAGCUCUGAUCAUGUGUACAGGUCUGGGUUGUGUUAUUGCUGGACAUACAUGGCAAAGUCGCCUCUGUUUCUCGUUCGCUAGAGAUUCUGGAGUCCCGGGCCAUAAGUGGCUUCAGAAGAUUGACCACAAACUGGACGUGCCCUUGAACGCUCACUUCACCAGCUGCCUUAUUGUUACCAUUGUCGGAUGCAUGUAUCUGGCCUCGACAGCUGCUUUCAACGCCAUGUCUAGCGCGUGCAUUGUUCUGCUUUACAUCUCCUACGCCAUUCCGAUCAUCUGCCUUUUGUCUAGAGGCAGAGAACAAUCGCUUACUGGACCCUUCAACAUGGGAGUUUCGGGCCUCGUCUCCAACUACGUUCUACUUGCAUGGACGAUCUUCACAUUGAUCUUGUACUCGUUCCCGUCGUACAUGCCAGCGACUGCUGGAAACAUGAACUAUGUAUGCGUUGUCUACGCAAUUGUUUUGUUCAUUAUUGCCGUGGACUGGAUUCUUAGAGGUAAAAAACACUACAGAGGACAAGAGGAGAGACAAGUUGGUGUUGAAGAUAGCGACAUCCUUGUCAAACCAGGUCCGUCGGCAGCGUGA